AUGAAUUAUGAAGGUCCGUUAUUACGCUGGCGAAGGGUUAACAAUUGCAUGCAGUUGGAGAAGAUUAGAGCCAAUGGUCGUGUCAUGAUUGAUCUCGAAAGUUUUUCAAUCAUGAAUCUCAACUAUCAAAUGGGAAAUGCUCUACCACCAAACAAAUGUGACAUUGAGUUACUCGGAGAAAAAGGUAUCUAUCUCAAUGAGGAUGAAAUUCAUCAGAAAGCUAAUUACCAACUCGCACCUGCGUUAGUGUACGGGUUCAACUUUGCGUUAAAGGAAUGGGGUCAAUUCGAGGUUUUGAAACUUUCGGAGAUUAGUUUUGACAAGGAGGCGUUCAGUCAUCUGGUGAUGUCCGAUGAUAGAAAAGAAAUCCUUGAGGGGUUAGUGAAACAGUAUUACGUACCCACCCAGUUGUCCAAUGGAGGUGUAGUGACUUCAUACACAAAACCUCUCGAUCCCAUCACCAAUAAAGGCAAUGGCUGUAUCUUUCUAUGCUAUGGGCCACCUGGAACUGGGAAAACAUUAACAGCUGAAAGUUCUCAAAAGGCAGUUCUCCUACUUGAUGAAGCUGAUAUUUACCUUGAAAAACGUAACACAACUGAUAUAAAACGUAACGCGAUGGUUGGUGUAUUUUUACGUCGAUUGGAAUAUUAUCGAGGUAUUCUCUUCUUGACGACAAAUCGCGUCAUGUCAUUUGAUGAUGCGUUCUGCUUACGAAUUAAUAUGUUCUUCCAUUACCCCAAAUUCAAUUCGGAAGAAAGACGCAAUAUAUGGACAAAUUUCAUCAGAAAAGGCAACCUCCCCCUUUGUGCAGAUGAUUUUAUUGAAUAUUAUUUGAACGGUCGUGAAAUCCGCAAUGUCCUUCAAACCGCGCAAACGUUGGCCAAGAGUCAAGGACAAAACUUUACCGUAGACCAUGUUAUCAAAGUCAUCAAGACUGUCCAGGGAUUCCAAAAAGAAAUGGAUGAAAUCAGAAGAAUAGAAAUGGCGAAUUAG